AUUGAAGCUGAAAUGAAAAGACUGCAGCUGCAAAAUCGACCUGAAUGUAUCUGGAACAUAGAUGAAACAUGUCUUUCUAUUGAUCCUUCAAAGACAAAGGUUAUCGCACCUGUUGGAGAAAAGGCUUCCCAUGUCACUGCCACCUCAGGAAGAGAGGCAACCACUGUCAUGGCAGGAAUAAGUGCUGCUGGAGAUAAGCUCCCCCCAUUCAUUCUCUUCAAGGGGAAGAAGUUUUGGUUAUCCUGGAAGGGGUCAAAGCCUUAUCCAGGAACACAAUAUGCCUUUUCUGAUUCUGGAUGGAUGGUGGCAGAGGUCUUUGCAGCCUGGUUUGAUUUCUUUGCUCAGUACAUUACACAAAGGCUUUUGCUUCUUGUUUAUGAUGGCCAUUCCACCCAUCUAACAUCAACUAUCAUAAAGAAGGCCAGAACAGAGGACAUAACCAUCAUUAAACUUCCUCCUCACAUCACUGAUGUACUGCAACCUCUUCAUGUUUGCUGUUUUAAGCCUUUGAAGACCAGGUGGGAUGCUACUAUUGCCAAAUGGCAAGCAGCAAACUAUGCUCGGAAAAUUACCAAAGAGGAAUUCGUAGAUUUGGUGGGCAAGGUUUGGGAUGAAUGUUUCAGUCUCCCAAAUGUAAAACUGGCCUUUAAAAAGAUUGGUUUGUAUCCACCUGACCGCAGUGUUUAUCCAGUGAAAACAUUCAACCCAGAUCUGUAUAAAUUAUACAAAAGUAUCCAGACAUCUUCAGAGCCAGUCCACAAACCAGCGACUCCAAAAAAGGUCACUCCUCCCAGAGAGAUGAUUUCCCCUUCAACCUCUUUCGAGCAGAUAAUGGCAGAUGUUUUUUUUCUGCCGUGUAUAGACGACACCGACAAAGAUGAAGAAAUUGAAAGUGUUGCAGUGUUUAAUGCUCAAAAGUACAGUGAAAUACAGAAAAAGAGAGAAAUAGAAGAAAAUGGCUACUAUGGGGUGGAUUACGGAAAAGCAUACAUUGGGCGUGUGAUUAUGUGUGGCAAAGAGUUCUUGAAAAUGAAGUUUUUGGAAAGAAAACCAAAUGACAUGUAUGACUGGCCAAAAAGGGAUGAUGUUGAUGACUCUGUCGAUGUGAAAUAUGUGUUUUGUGGACCCAUAAAGCUUGUGGGCACAACACCUUAUCAGAUUCAAGGCUGUUUAUUCACCAGGCUACAGUACCACACCAGAAUAUCAAGAACAUCCCUCAGUGUCAUAAUACUAGAGACCUGUCAAGCUAUCUACGAUGUACUAAAGGAUGACUACAUGAAGGAUCCAAACCUUUUACCUCCAAAAAACCAGUACCUCCUUGUCAUGACUGAACAGCGUUCAACAAGGAUGAGUAAACCUCCUGAGAGGUUCAGGCGUUCAACAAGGAUAAGUAAACCCCCUGAGAGGUUCAGGUCCCCAAGCCUGUUGGUGUUUGAGAGGGGGUUUAAUUUGCAGAAUUGGUCUUUGUACCCUGUGAACACCAUGCUUAUAUACUUAGACACUAUGCUGAAGAUGUCUACUGAAGAAUUUGAUCUCGGCGCAGUCCUGCCACACCUGCCUUACCUCCAUGUCACUUCCACCUCUGUAUAG